AGCCUAUACAAAAAUAGGAGAGGUUUCUGUCAAAAUUAAACCGAGUUUGUGUACGUUCGCAAGAAUACUCUCCUAAAUAUCGAUUAUUUUGGUACAGUGCGUAUGAAAUAACCAAAUUGUUGAACAAUAUGUGAAAAUCCGAGCGAAAGCACCGGUUUCCGCAGCGAUGUAAUUGAAAAAUCGCGUUAACCUGAAAUGAAACAGCCGCAGUGAGAUUUUCAUUUCCAUCAAUUAAAACCGUGAUAAUAGCCCCAAAGACAGCCAAGUGAGUGUCUCGAUGUGUGUUCCGAAAUAAAAGUGUGUCAAGCAGCCCCUUUCAGCGCUAGCCGUGGCCGAGAACCCCCCCGAAAAUAUUUUAUUUUUGCUUUGUGUAGUGAGAGAAGCCGACGAUGUCAGCCCACUCUGGUGGAGAAGGUCGUCAACAUAGAUCAAAUUCUUUCGGUGCACGAAUAUCAUUUCGAGGUUUACACGUUUUAUUACGAGAUGGCAUCCAUUGGCAGUCACGUAGGGCCUCCCAGGAUGGAGGAAGAGUCGCCAAAGAGAAUGUGCCAUGGAUGCGGAGCAAAAGUCGGAGUGUGGACCACGGGAUUUCGUCUCCCUUCGACCUUGACGCCCUCAGAGCCAAGGUGGACAGCCAACUGGACAAGAACCUCGACAGAGAUUUAGACGGCUCCAGUAAUAGUUUGGCUGAGAAGAAAAAGACUGGACCGCCGGAAAAUACCACCACUUAUACGGUCGCUGACAGAGAUACACUAACGUCAGUGGCGGCACGUUUCGACACAACCCCUUCAGAAUUGACCAAAUUAAAUAGAUUAGCAACACCUUACAUAUUCCCCGGCCAACAACUCUACGUACCAAUCAGAGAAACGGCAGGAAAUGAAUCGGAAGGUUCGACACCGGUAGAAGACUCGCAUGAUGAUUUGCCUCCGGAAGAGAAAGAACUACUCGACAACCUGAGGCCUGUUAGUCCAAAGCCAGGUCACGUGGAACGCGUGCGAACACCAUCAUGCAACCAGAGUUCCACCGACCUGGAGGAGGAGUCUGCGGUUUUCCGCGAACGCUUCCUCAAAAUCAACGUACGACAUAUCACCGACGGCCAAGGCGUCGUAAGUGGGGUCCUUCUCGUGACUCCGAAUGCAGUCAUGUUCGACCCCAACGUCUCCGACCCCUUGGUCAUCGAACACGGCCCGGAGGCCUACGGUGUUAUCGCUCCGAUGGAGUUUGUCGUGAAUGCGGCAAUUUACAACGACAUUGCCCACAUGCGCGUGGGGCACAGUGUUGAGACAAGUACAACAGCUGAAAAACCGGAAAUUUAUUAUCCGAAAGCGGAAAGUCGCAACGAACAGGACUCGAUGAUGGUGAAAGAUGAAACGUUUCCAGAGUUGGUUGCCGGCGAUGAUGCUGAAUCUGUGUGUUCGUGUACAGAACGCGAGGGCGACGCUUUUCCCAAAGCCUUUGAACGGGAACUGGUCACACCGACGAAUCUCGAAGAGAACGAACAGAGAUCGGCCGAGGAAAGGCGGAAAAGUCUGCUGGACCAUCACUGGGCCAUACCUUCGAGGGAUCGACAGUCGAUAGACACGGACGAAAUACCGGCCAUAUCGUCGUCGAUGAUUCAAGAGGAUCAGAUUGACGAAGAGGAGAAUUUAGUCAAGGAGAGUUGUCACGACUCAGGGAUUGAUAUCAGGGAAAGUAGCAUACCGCCUGUAGCUCCACAUCCGAAAAAACAAUACAGUGAUGCUGAUAUAGUACUUUCAAAAGAAUGGGUGCCUCCGAUUACGAUCGCACCUACGAACGUUAGCGAUACGGAGAGUCUCGCAAGGAAAAAGACCAACUCGGUUUCGUUUAGUCUGGACUCGAGUUCGGAAGCUGAGAGUGGAGUUCCUUUAUCAACGAGCUGCUCUGAGUCGAAGGAGGAAACCGAAAAGGCUGAUACUAGGAAAAAUAAGAUGUUAAAAAGACUGUCAUAUCCCUUAUCAUGGAUGGAGACCUUAGCCGGCGACAAGGAGGAGGAAAAGCCCCCGAACCACCCUCACUCCGCCGACGUGCACCACUCGUCUGUAUUUUCGAAGGUGUUUUCAAGUUCGCCCAUCAAUCUGGUGGACUUCGGGACGGGUCUUUUCCUCAACAAGACACCGUCUGAGGAGAGCGGUGGCUCCGGCGGCCCCCAUUCGGCCGGCAGCGGGGGCCCCCCACUCAGUGAUUCGCCCCGUACCGACAGUUCGAGUUUUUUCCCCACGAAUAUUAUAAGUUCGGUGGGAGCGUCAGUCGGUGCUGUGGGGGCUUCGGUGGGCGCAAUGGGGGCCUCCGUUGGGGCGACAGUUGGCGCAAUGGGGGCGCAAGUCGGGGCGUCCGUCGGUGCCGUGGGGGCGACAGUUGGGGCUGUUGGACGGUCGUCUGUGGGCACGUUCAUACGACAACCGACCGAAAGCAGUACAAAGUCGAAGGCGCCGCCACCUAAAUUAGAUUAUAGGUCGAUGGUGUCUGUUGAUGAUAUGCCCGAAUUGUUUGUUUCGUUCGAUAUGCGCUCUCCCAAUUACGGGCUAGAUUCCAUUGAACUAAUCCCGCGGCCGGCGCGCUCUUGCGAAGAUCCACCGUUGUAUCUUCGACUGCGUAUGGGCAAGCCGUUGGACAAACCCAUCCCGCGUUCAACGCCGCUGAUGUCUUACGGCAAGAAGAAAAUGCGACCCGAGUACUGGUUCAGUGUGCCAAGAAAUAGGGUUGACGAACUGUACAAGUUUAUUCAAGCUUGGGUUCCACACUUGUAUGGCGAACUGAACGAGGAACAGGUGAAAGCACGGAAUUUCGCUCUCGUGGAAAUGGACACGGAGUUGUGGAGCGAAGAACCGACACCUUCGGCAAGCCGGCACGGGAGCCAAGACGGAGAACUCACCGAAAUUACCAAAGAAAGCUGGGAGCUAAUCAAGGCUCCUUACGUUAAGAUCUACAGCAUCAUCAAGACCCAGACAAUGUCGGCUGACGGCAGUGAUGAGGUGAUACCAAUGUCUGAGGAGUAUCGUCGGGCGUUUUACUCAUCGGCAGCGCCCUCCAUCGACGCCGAAUUAACUCCCCCUGAUUUAAUCGGCACCACUGAAAUUUUGACUGAUUAUCACCGCGAGGCUCUGUGUCGGCAUUUGCCGGCACGGGCCGAAGGUUACUCGUGGACGCUCGUUUUUAGUACUAGCCAGCACGGCUUCAGCCUUAACUCCAUGUACCGUAAAAUGUUUAAACUUGAAUCACCGAUUUUACUCGUAAUUGAAGAUACCGACAAUAAUGUAUUUGGUGCUUUAACAUCGUGCGCCUUGCAAGUAUCGGAGCACUUUUACGGAACUGGUGAAUCGUUGUUGUUUAGGUUCAGUCCCGAGUUCCAGGUGUACAACUGGACGGGCGAGAAUUUGUAUUUCAUUAAGGGAAACAACGAGAGUUUGAGUAUUGGGGCAGGUGAUGGUAAGUUCGGCCUGUGGCUGGAUGGGGAUUUGUACUUGGGGCGGUCUGAGCCGUGCAAGACCUACGGUAACGACCCGCUGACGCCCAAAGUGGAUUUCGUGGUGAAAACGCUCGAGUGUUGGGCCUUUGUCUCGAGUUAAACGAAGUUGGACUGAAGUGUGAUCAAGCGAUUUGUUAGUUUGGUUGAAACGAGCGAUUUUUACGCUGGCCUGGAGAGGAGGAACGAUUCUUUUUCAUUCUAUAGACGGAGCUUUAGACGUAGUCACCACCACUACCGCACAACUGUUAUCAAAGCUUAUAGUUAUUAUAACGGCUGCCGUUCACUUGUAAUCAAUUUUAAUUUUAUUAUUUUGUAUUGUCUGUUACGCUUAAUUAGCUUGUUAUUUUUUAUGUUCUAGUGUUAGGUUUCGGUGGACAACACGACGUGAUUGGAGAAUGAAUGAAUGAAUGAUGACGUGGUGUCCACCCGGUAGUCUCCUAGUCAUUUUGUACUUGAUAGUAAGGGGGCAGAGUGAAUGGCGGUUCGAUUGUUGCGUAGUUAUAGUCAUUCUGUGUUGCUUUGGCUUACAACGAAUGACAAGCUCAUAGCGGUGUUCUCCUUGUAAUAAUUAAUUUUUUAUUUAUUGAGGAAGAUCUACGCAGCCGGGUACAGAUAUGAUUGUGUUGUAGCAAUUGCGAGAGUCACAUUGGCUGUAGUUUUCGUCUAUAUGUCAAUUAGGUGCGUAGAGAACACGCCAUAUCAGUUGUCAAUUUAAUGAUUUAAUGUUAGAGGCUGUUAUGCGGACUGCAGAUUCCUACGUCUUUGUUGAGUGUUGAACUAUUACUUGUUUUGAACCAAGCUGUUGGUCAUGCCUUGUUGAUACGUUCAGCUUCUUAGCAUGAGGCGGCGGUCCGUACAUAUUUAACUAGAUUAGUUUGAUGUCUAAGUUGUGUACUAUAACAUUUAUCUAGAUGAUUAUCUGUAAAAAAGCUGUAUAUAAAAUUAAUAUUAAAUAAAUAGAUUAUCAACGUUGACUUUCA